AUGCAACAACCGACGUGCCGGGGGCUUGAAAACCUCCCGCCCGAAUUACUCCUCGCCAUAGCAGAAAUAUUGCCCGCAGACAGCCGCCUCGUCCUUUCGCAAACUUGUUCCGCCUUCCACAACAUCAUUCAAUCCAGCCAACGCACAAAAUUCUCACUAAAGAAUUUCGAUGCUUCCACCUUUCUGGAUUACCUAGCCACCAUCGCGCGAGACCUUCCAGACGCGUGGGUUUGCGACAAAUGCAUGGCUCUUCAUGCCGCCGACCUCCAAGACACACCACAGUCUCCCCUCACAAAGAGCUGCCCCCGGGCGUCCAUGCACAGGGACAACGGACAGAGACUAUUCUGGCCUCACCAUCGCCAUGUCCAGCUCGCCCUGAAAUACACACGGCUUGGGGUCCCGGACCCCGAGCGAAGGCGUCACCUCGCCAAGCUGCUGGGCCCCGUCGUCGCCAACCACCCCCCCGACAAUGACGACUCGUGGGUCGCACAUGUGACGUGCUCGUCGAGGGGGAAGAUCGUCAACGGGAGGUUCCUGCUCAAGUACACGUGGCACUACGAUGCGGCAUCGGAGCCGAUCGAGUACCUAUAUCGUGGCCCCUACGGCAGUCUCGUUAUAUGCAACCAUAAAUACCUCCCGGGGUUCUUGAUGGCCUGUAUUUUCUACCGUGUGAAGCAGGCCGGAGAAGAGGAGGCGGCAAAAAUCAUCUCAGAGGGGCUGCGGGUGUUGCUGGAGCCGUCGGAUGCGCGCGAGGCAGCUCGCGAGAGUCUGGUUGACGACCAGCGCGGCAUGGAACUCACCGAGUCGUGCUCCUCGUGUUGGACGGAUUUCUCUGUUUUUAUUGGUGAAAAGGGCUUCUGGUUGUCGGCCUGGUACGAUCUGGGACCUGAGGGAUCUCCGUUUGACGAGUCUUGGACAAGUCAUAGGAUUCAGGAGCCGUGCGGCGGCGACAUCGGUCGCCCCCGAGAAGGAUAUGUGCCAGGCAGCAUUCGGGGCCUCUAUGAGCAAACUGCACCAGCAUCAAGACAUUGA